AUGGAACUUCUCUUCACAAUUUUUCUGGUUGUUUUGACUGUCUUUGUGGCAAUGUCUUUCUAUUAUGAACACCCCAAGGCAAAAAUCCCGCCUGGAAUAAGUCAGCGCAAAAAGCUUUACGCUUUUCAUUAUAUCAUGAACUUCGGGUUUGGUCUGGCAACGUUAAUAGAAAAAAUUGGUAUCACUUCAGAAGUCCAUUUCCUCAGGAUUUUGAUGGAUGGAAUACCGCCACCAAAAGAUAAACAUCUUUUUAUCAAAGACUUAAGAUUUGAAAAGAUCAAAGUAAGAAUGUACCAGCCAAAAAUGUCAACCACUGGACAAAGAAGAGGAAUUCUUUAUUUUCAUGGAGGAGUUGGACGGUUUGGAAGUAUUCAGGCCUAUGAAAGAACAUGCCGCUACAUUGCUAGGAAAACCAACUCGGUGGUUGUGUCUGUUGGGUAUCGCUUAGCUCCUGAGUACCCAUAUCCAACCCAAUUUGAGGAUUGUCUCACUGCCACCGUACAUUUUAUGAGGACAGCACAAAAUUAUGGAGUAGACCCUUCUCGCAUUAUUGUCUGUGGAGAUAGUAGUGGAGGUACACUCACUGCUGCUGUUGCCCAGGCACUGGUAAACAGAAAAGAUAUCCCAAAGCUGAGAGCACAAAUCCUAAUAUAUCCUUUUCUCCAGGGUGCAGACUUUAAUUUACCUUCCUAUCAGCAGAAUGAGGGCAUUCCCAUUUUGUUAAAGGAGCGAACCAUCUCUCUUGGUUUGAAGUAUCUCAAUACAGACUUGUCUGCCAUAAAGAAUGUGCUGCAAGGUUGUCAUGUUUCAGAAGAAUUGAGACUGAAGUAUCAGAAAUGGCUGAGUGUUGAUAACAUCCCUCAUGAGUUUAAAACAAGAGGCUACACACCAAGUACAGAACAACCAUUCUCAGAAGAAAUCUAUACAUUGGUCAAGACUGUUUUUGAGCCUGUUUUUUCACCACUGCUAUCUGAAGAUAGUGUUAUUGCUCAGCUUCCCGAGACUUUCAUUCUGACCUGCGAAUAUGAUGUACUUAGAGAUGAUGGACUGCUGUACAAGAAACGAUUAGAGGAUCAGGGUGUAAAAGUGACCUUGUGCCAUCUGCAAGAGGGAUUCCAUGGAACAAUAUUCUUAGCACUUUAUGGUAAGAUAGCAUCAUUCCAAUCUGGACUCAAAGGCCUGGAACAUAUAACAAAAUUUCUAAGGUUGAUGUAA